AUGACCCUUGCCAGCCGGAGCUUUGCUAGAGAGUCACCGGAAAUUUCACCGGAAGUGACUGACCAGAGGUGGUGGAGAGAAGGUGCAAAGGGUAGCUUCCCCUUUGUUCUAAUAUACACGGGUGAAGGACGGGGUAUUACACUACUAACCAUACUUGAGUGGAUACAUGUCCGUUUUUAUUUUGAAAAUUUCCUCAAAAUUGUAUACCUUAUUUUCGCCUCUGUUGAUUUUUCUUGUAAAAAACCAUGGCAUGUGUCGAUUUUUCCAAGGCAUGGGUUGAAGAUGUUAAAUUUCAAUAAGAAUGGUAUGAAUGGUUCUUUACCUACUUUCACUGGCUUUCUCGAAUUGGAAGUGUUGGAUUUGACAUACAAUCUCUUGAGUGAAAGUAUAGAAUCUCAAUUGAAUGGAUUGUCAGGGUUGAAAAGUUGGAAUCGUAGCUUCAAUAUGUUCACUGGUUCAAUUCCUAUUGGAAAAUCCAUGCCUUCUCUGGAGCAUCUUAUGCUUAAAAUGAAUAAUUUUCAGGAUACUAUCCCAAAAAAAAUCACACAUUAUCAGAACUUGAGCUGGAUAGAUUUUACCAUGAAAAAGCUUUUAGGGUCUCUUCCUAUGGAAAUUGGAGAUCUCUCUCUAGUUGGGGUUUUGCAGAAGUUUGUUGCUGUUGAACUUGGCCAAGAAUUAUCUCACAGGUACUUUGCCAGCACAAUUGGGUCUUUCAAACAUGGCAUGUGUCAAUUUGAGAAUCCUGGUGAAACUUAG